UAAUGUUAUAUUGGAAAUGCAGCAUCAUAGUCUGCAUGUGUGUGUGUGUGUGUGUGUUGUACUGUCCUGCAGGAGUGAACUGUGAGGUUGACGUUGAUGAAUGUGACGAGGAUCCCUGUCAGAACGGCGCCACCUGUCAUGAUCACGUGGGUCUGUACACCUGUGCGUGUGUGUCGGGGUACGAGGGCAUUAACUGUGAGCUGGACAUCAACGAGUGUCACAGUUCACCCUGCCAACAUGGAGGGACGUGUGUGGAUAUGGUGAACAGCUACGCGUGUGACUGCAGUGGCACUGGAUUUAUGGGCUCUUUCUGUGAAGAAGACAUCCCUGAGUGUGUGUCUAACCCCUGUCUGCAUGCUGCCACCUGCCAGGAAGGAGUUAACCAGUAUUCCUGCCUCUGCUGGCCAGGCUAUGAAGGCGAGAACUGUGAGGUUGACGUGGACGAGUGUGACGCGAGGCCGUGUGUAAACGGUGGUGAAUGUUUCCAGCGGUCCGACUCGAGACACUACAGGGUUUUUCCUGAACUGGACCAGGACUUCAGCUUCGAGCGCGCGUCUGGAUACCUGUGCCACUGUCUCGCUGGGUUCACUGGUGAAAACUGUUCAGUGAACAUCAACGAAUGUGAGUCGGCACCGUGUGAGAACGGAGGAACCUGUGAAGAUCUCGUCAAUGCAUUUAAGUGCCGGUGUCCGCCGGGAUUCACAGGUGUGGUGUGUGAGACUAACGUGGAUGAGUGUGAGAGCGAGCCGUGUCGGAACGGUGCCCGCUGUGAGGAUGGCAUUAAUGACUACAUGUGUUACUGUCCUCGUCCUGCGCGGGACCAGAUGCCCUGGGGCGGCCGGGACUGUGACGUGGCAUUGACCGGGUGUGUGAACGACCCCUGCCUAAACAGCGCCACCUGCUGGCCAUCACUGCAUGGAGACAAGCACACACACACCUGCACAUGCCCUCCUGGCUAUCAUGGGGAGCGAUGCGAAACCUCCACCACCUUCUCCAUGACGGGUGGAGGUUAUGCGCUCCUGGAGGUUUCACACGGGAACAGGAGUCGCCGGCAUGCGGGAUCACAAGCGCCGAGUGUCCAGAUGAGGUUCAGGACGACGUUACCAGACGCAAUACUCCUCUACCGGGGAAGCCAAGAGCACUUUUUUACACUGGAGCUGAGUGGUGGGAAUCUUCUCUCCAGAGCCGAAUCUGGAGAUUUAAGGCUUGCUGUGACGUUACCCGGGGGCUUCAGUGACGGCCUCUGGCAUGAAGUCUCUGUUAGUGUGGAUGAGAGACUCGCUCUGACCCUGAUAUCAGAGAACAAGAGCGCUGAGGAUGGAGGACACAACCAGCUUCUGUCCUUCCAGCCGAAGGGGUUGGAGAAAACACACAUCGGAGGCGUUCCUCAGGAGUUGCUCAACAACACGGCGGCCGGGACGGGAUUCGUCGGGUGUGUAGAGGAUCUGCGUGUAGAUGCUCAGCUGGUUUUACCCAGAAGCCUCAGCUCUCAGUAUGUGCAGAUGGGCUGUGAGAGACGCGAGCGGUGCCGUCCCGAUCCCUGCUCCCAGCGAGGACACUGUGUGGAUCUGUGGAGCGACUACAUGUGCCAGUGCCACACGCCGUUUCAUGGACACAACUGUUCAGAAGAGCACUCUUCAUGGACGUUCAGUCACGAGCGCAACAGAAGCUUCGCUGCGUUCCCCAUCAUGCAGACGCACGACUCAAACCUGAGCGUGUCGCUGUGGCUGAGAUCCCGGCAUUCAGACGGCCUGCUCCUCCAGCUCCAGCAUCACAAUCAGGCUUACUUCACUCUUUUCCUGAAGAAUGGCUCAGUAUAUAUUGCGAUAUACAACUCCAUCAUAAAGGCCUCCAGAUUCCUGACCGAUGGGGAGAAGGUCUUUGUGGCUAUUAAAAAACAACAAGGUGUUAUAGUGUUUAAUGAAACGCAGCAGAUUUCUGCCAGUCACGUUGACUUUGAGGUGGAGGCGGGAGAUGUGGCGUAUCUAGGUGGGCUUCCCGAAGGAGAAAACACUAUACAGUGGGGCGGAUAUUUCAAGGGUUGUUUGCAGGACGUCCGGAUAGACGACACACAACUGUUCAUGUACUCGGGGAGCAUCAGCCAGAAACCACAGCAUUCAAGCUACUUACCGAGAAACUCAUCUAAUGUGCUGGAGGGGUGUGUGGGUGACCAGACGUGUAAGAUGAAGCCCUGUCAGAACGGAGGGAAAUGCGCGAUCAUCUGGAAUGACUUUGUGUGCUUCUGUCCGCUGAACUACUCCGGGAAGACGUGUGACACGCGUGUGUGGUGUGUGAGUGACCCGUGCGACUCCGGGACGCGGUGUGUGGAUCUGCCUGAUGGUUAUGAGUGUUUAGCCAACGCCACGUUCGAGAGCAAUGCUCUGAAGUUCAGUGCCAACGGCUCCCUGUUGUUCCCGGUGAUGCGGAUCUCCAUGGAUCUGCGGACGCGUGAGGAGAACGGGACACUGUUGCGCGCCUCGGACCGGCUGGAGUUCUUCUGCGUGGGGCUUCUGAACUCCUCGCUGAUCGUGAAGUUUCGUGAGGGGAACAGUCUGGAUGUGCACGCUUUCACCAGCGACAUCCCUGUUUCGGACGGAGAGUGGCAUCAGGUGUUGCUCUACACGUCCAUCUCGAGGAACUCGGCGUCCCGUUGGACCCUGGUCGUGGAUGGUCGGAUGUCGGGAUCCAGUCUGGCGGCGUCUGGCAGCUCGGACUUCUUCAACUUCUCCACCGUGUGGCUGGCGGAGAACUACACCGGCUGUUUGGGGGAGGUGCGGAUCGGUGGGGUUUAUUUACCGUUUUCCGGACGCCUGGAGGACGAGGCGCCGCAAACGUCCCAGUUCAUCCGAGUCGGCGGGACGGCAGAGCCUCAGCUGGGAUGCUCCGGCUCCAACGUGUGUGUUCCCGAGCCUUGCCUGAACAACGGCUCCUGCACGGAUCUCUUCAAUCUCUUCGCCUGCACGUGUGUCCCGGGAUGGACGGGCGAACGCUGCCAGGAGAACGUGGACGAGUGUGUCCAACUGCCCUGUGUUGUCGGCGUGUGCCGGGAUCUGCCCGGGGACUAUGUGUGCGAGUGUCCUGAUGGAUACGCUGGGAAGAACUGCCAGGAGGAGGUGGACGGGUGCCAGGAGGAGCAUCGCUGUGAGAACGGAGGCUCGUGUGUGUAUACAGUCGCGGGACACACCUGCGUCUGUCCACCUGCUCACACAGGCCCGUCCUGCCAAUGGCGUCAGUGUGAUGUGGAUUCAGACUGUGAGAAUGGUGGAGUUUGCACUGAGGGAUUCUGGGGAAGGAACUGUACCUGCAGACCUGGCUUCAGUGGAGAGAGAUGUGAAGUGGAUGUAGAUGAAUGUGAGUCGGACCCGUGUCUGAACGGAGGCACGUGUGUGAACAGAGCCAAUCACUACCUCUGUGAGUGUGUGUCGGACGUCAGCGGAGAGAACUGUGAGAACACGAAGCAGCUGCAGAAGGAGCGCGUGCCGUGGCUGCUGGUGGCCGUCCCGCUGGCGUGUCUCGCUGUCCUGCUGGGAACACUGGGAUUGGUUUGCCUGGUUCUCACCACCCGGAAGAAGCGGCAGUCCGAGGGAACGUACAGCCCCAGUCAACAGGAGGUCGCAGGAGCACGGCUAGAGAUGGGCAGCGUGCUGAAAGUGCCUCCAGAAGAACGACUCAUCUGACACACAUCUAACCCUGAGAGAGGCAGAGCCAGC